UAUAUCGAGCAUCAGCCAUACUCAGCAACCCCAGAUCUUGUCAGUAUUCUCCAAGGGCAACAUGUUGUAUCUAUCCAGCGAAGAUUUUACCAAAGUCUUCUUCUAUGCCUCUUUGGUACACCUAAGUCUUCUCAUGACUGUUCAUCAUUUUAGUAGCCAUUUCUCACCUAGCUAUGACAGUUCGGGGUCAAUUCAGAAGACGACUCCAGCCAAGUAUAAAUUAGCCGUCUUGUCGUUCCUCUCCUUCUUGAACGCGGCACUUCUUAUCGUUUGGGGUACCCUUGAGAGUACUCCUGCGUCUUUACAGACACAGGUCUUCGUUCUAGGAUUGGUUAUGUUACUUGCGUGGAUCGUUAUACAGUGUACUUUUCUCGAUCCGCCACCAGAUAAGCCAAAGACUCGCUGAGCGACUCAUGACUUUACCCUGCGGUCAGGCAAGCUUUUGGACGAGUUUCAACGGGUUGAAUAGUCGAGUAAUAGGCUCAUUAUUCGUUUACACUACUAAAACAAGGUUAUAGAGAAGGGAUAUAUCCUUUCGGCCAUUCAAAAGCUCAAGAUUGGCCCAUCCACUGUUUGAUCUCCGAUA